UAAAUAUGGAUUCAGCGCUCAAGUUUGUCCGAUCGAAGUUCAAUAAAAUAUAAAUGAUAUCAAAACAUUGAUAACUGCUCUGUUCUUCCGCUCCAAUCUUUCGCAAAUUACACUUCCUUCCACCCCUAGAGAUUAGUUUAAAUCUGGAGCCUACUCCAAAAUAAGUCACAAUCUUUUAAUCAAAACUUUAAAGCAACACGAGUUCACUGAAAUUAAAACGAAAAUGCAGCUGACGUGGUCCGUGGUUGUGGUGGCCAUAGUUUAUACUGGACUCAGCACUCCGACUUCAACCGCUGCCGAUGACGGAGAUCGUCCCACUGUCCAAACUACGAGCGCGACUUUCAGGGGCGAGUGGCGGAGUAUACAGCAUCGUCAACUAGGCGCUGAUUUCCAGAGGAAUGUAGCCGUGUAUAAGAACAUUCCCUACGCAGAGCCACCGAUCGGGGAUCUUCGGUAUGCCGAACCGGUACCGAAGACUGUCGAGGGAGAGUUCCAGGCGACAGGCAUCUAUAAACUCUGUCCACAGUUUAAGAAUCCCUUAAUGUUUGAUGAUACCGAGCCUCUUGAGUUCUCCGAAGACUGUCUUUAUCUUGAUGUAUUUGUGCCAGAGCCAAAGCCCGAAUCAGCAGCUGUGAUGGUAUGGAUCCACGGUGGAGGUUAUCACUUUGGGACCAAGAACCUAGAAAGGCUUAAUGCCAUGCCCUUGGUGGCUGUCGAAGACGUCAUCGUCGUCUCAAUCAACUACCGUCUCGGUAUUCUCGGAUUUCUCUCUACUGAGGAUGGUGUAAUACCGGGCAACCUCGGACUUCUUGAUCAACGACAGGCUCUACUAUGGGUGAAGGAAAACAUUGCAGCAUUUGGUGGAGAUCCUGAUCGGGUGACUAUAUUUGGUGAGAGUGCUGGGUCGGGGAGUGUUAACUGUCAUCUUCUGUCCUCGAUGAGUCGUGGUCUAUUCUCGGGUGCAAUCAUGCAGAGUGGGGCCAUGUCACUAACAUGGACAUUCAAAACACCGAAAGCGAAUGCUGAACUGACACUCGCAUUUGGGAAAGCAAUGGAAUGUGAGACUGACAGUUCCACAGAGUUACUCACUUGUCUCAGAGAAAAAUCAGAAGAAGAUAUCAAAGCAUUGCUCGAUACGGGUACAUCCUCAGUGCUCUACCUUGUAGCUCCCGUCGCCGAUGGCCACUUCCUUCCUGUAGACCCCCUCCAAGCCCAGGAGGACGGACUGUUCAACCCGUCUAAUGUGAUGAUCGGUAGUCUAGGGAACGAAGGCACUGUCUUCACUAUACCAAUGAUGUUUGGUUUGGAAGGAUACGACAAGCUCUCAGUGAACAAGACGAUGUUUGAAACAUAUACUUCCCACUUUACCCGGGUGACAGACCAGUUGAUAUUGGAUAUGAUCCGACUCACUUACUUGUCAGGGGAGCAGCUUACAUCGGAUGACGAAGAAUUAGACCUCUCUGACAGGAUGGCUCAGUUCUUCGGAGAUAUCAUCCUUCUCUGCCCUACCUACGGCACCGCCGAGCAGCUAGCCGCCGCUGGGAUACAGACCUAUACAUACCUCAUGACACACGCGCCAGCUUAUUCGAUCUGGGGUAAGCAGCUUACUUGGCUUAAAGACACGCAUGCUGAAGAUAUCCCUUAUGUGUUCGGUUCGGCUUUUCUUUCCCAAGACGGUGAAGAAGAGCGGGAGGAUGAGGACUGGCGGAUGCGGGGCCGUCUUGCCGAUGAUGAAGUGGUGAUCGCAAGAAGAAUCAUGAAAUACUGGGCCAACUUUGCCAAGUCAGGAAAUCCUAAUCACGGUUCCAAUGGAGACCAGGAAAGUGACAGCCAGUUCCCACCCUGGCCUUUGUUCACCAGUGACACCAAAAUCUACAAGAAUAUCUCUAGUACCAUGGACAAUCUAUCUGGGACUUUGCCCAACUCCAGAGAAUGUUACUUUGUUGAAAAGCUGCUCCCAAAGAUGAAAGAUAAUGUAGAUGAGAUUGCACGCCUGAAAUCUCUCUUGGACGAAAAAGUCAGUGAUGAUAGUGAGAUGAGGUGCGAAGAUCCAGUCUCCUGUCCCGAAGAAUAAAUGACUCUUACAUUCCGCAUUCACAGCCCUCGAAUACGACUCAAGACCUAUCAAAACUCUUACGUUAUUUUCAAUAAUAUGCCAUUGGUAGGUUUGAAUAGGCCUCGUUGAUUAUGGAUAUGAACAGCCCUCCAUUGACAUUCGACUUUAUUCAGCUAUCCAUACAUUCUUAACCCUAUAUAGCCUUGGCUAUUUUUAAAUUGCAUAAACCGGGGGUGGGGGCUUUCCAAACAGAUACUAUAUCAACAUACCCUUUUUACAAGGUAUCAUUAACUCAGAUUUGAGAAGAAAAAAAAUAAUUUCAUAAUGUUUCAGUUUAGUUUUCAGUUUUGAUAAAUAUGUUGGUAGUGGAUCGUUUGUGUGUGCGCGCAAUGUGUUCAGUGAUGUACUUUAUCUAUGAUUCAUGCCAACAACAGUAAACAAUAUUAUGUUUUAUACGAAUUGUAUGAAUGUAUGCAGAAGGGAUCAAUAAAUUGAAUCAAAUUAUUUCCA